AUGGGUAAAAAACGUACAAAAGCUCCCACCAACACCCAGGCAGACAGCAACAAUGUGAGUAAUCAAACAUCUUCGUCAUCAGAAAAAGCAAACGGUGGAACGAAAUUUCGGAAUCAAUUUUGGUCAUCGAAUAGCAGUUCGAAGAAAAAUACUAACGGUGGUGGCCAUAUGAACAAUAAAGGAACGGAGGAACAGCCACCAAAGCGACCCGAAUCAUCGGUCAGCCGUCAGUUUCUGCCCAAAAAACAACAAGGAGUUAGUGAGCAGUGGACGAAACAAUCACUGGAAAAUGUUCGUCUGCAAAUAUCUCCAUUCUGGGAUUUUCUCGUUUUCUUAUAA